AUUAAAAUAAGUUUUUAUUGACAAUCACAUAGUCAUUACAUGUUAUAGUUAUUAAUUUAAUAGUAAUAUUGCCAUUAAAUUCGAUUUUAUGAAUUAGAAGACCACUGUAAUGGACAAAAAUAUUUAUAAAUGAUUCCAGAAAAUGGUCCCAGCCAGUAGCAUGUCGUCUUCGACAAUGACAGUAUCGACUUUGGUCGAAACCGUGUCUCUGAAUUACGAGGAUUUCAACGAAAGCUUCUUGACAUGCGGCACCUGUCUUUGCGUUUACGACGGCAGCGAACACACGCCGAAACUUCUGCCUUGUUCGCACACCGUCUGCCUGCAUUGCCUCACACGCAUAGCAGCCUCGCAUAUUAGAGAUAAUAACACUUUCAGAUGUCCAAUAUGCCGAGAAUUGAUCACGAUUCCUCGCGGAGGGGUUGCCGCUUUGCCCCCAUCAUUUCUUGUGAACCAGCUGCUAGAUUUGAUGUCCAGACAACGAAGAGAAGUCGUGCCAAAAUGCUCAGUUCAUCUUAACCAGGAAUUAUUAUUCUGCGAAAGUUGCGAUGCUGUCUUUUGUUCCCUAUGCACUGGUGGCACCCACAGUUCAACUCCUAGUCCGGCCCAUAGGGGCUCUUAUGCGAAUCCUAAUACAAAUCUUAGUAAUGCAUCGACUUCUUGCGAACAUACAGUGAUUCCAUUCUCGAUUGCCAUCAAAAGAAUGUCUGAAAUACUUCUAUACAAAGCCAAUGAAUGCAUAGCUAAGCUUACCAGUGCACAAGAAUCCGUUACUUUAGAACUGCAAAGAUUGGAUUCGUCAACUGAAAAAUGUUUAGAGGCUGUUAAUACCACGUUCAGUGAACUAGCGGAGUUAGUAGAAUUUAGAAAACAACAAAUGUUAACUGCAGUUUCUACAGCAGCUAUGGCAAAAAAGAAGGUUUUACAGGAACAACACGCGCUUAUAGAAACCGAAAAAUCUAAGGUGGAACAAGAGUGUGAAGGCUUACAGUACCAAGUGGAAGUCCGAAGUAUUACACAACGCAUUAGCAGUUUGGGCGAAAAACUGGAUAGUGCUUGUAUUUUGGGUGAUCCUCGCGAAAACGCCUUCUUGACAUGUGAUUUUAGACAUAAUGAUAGCGUUGAUACUGUUACCAAUUCUUUGCAAAGUAUUGGACGUGUGCGAACAAGUACAACUUUUCCUAGUCUUUGUACUGCAGUGUUAGAUAUGGCAGAAGUUGUCAAGGGUUUGAUGUGCUCAGUUACUUUAAGAACUGUGGACUAUCAUGGCGAGAACCGAGUUACAGGUGGUGAUCCUGUGUGUGCAGUUUUUAGUCCUUGUGAUAACGAAAUUCAGUCACAAUCUCAAAGUCAAAACAACGAAGGCGAUCCUUGUGAAGUGUUUGACAAUGAUGAUGGAACUUAUAAAAUACGUUUUCGACCCACUCAUUCUGGUCAACAUUCAGUUAGAAUAACGGUAUUUGAUCGUCCCAUUAGAGAUUAUCCACUUAUAUUUACAACGACAGAACACAAUAAUCCAUUACGAGUUUGGGGCCAUCAUGGAAAUGGUAAAGACGGAAUGUCCCAACCGGUUGCCGUGGUGGUAAUGGCUAAUGAAACAUCAGAUGAUGAUUAUAUAUAUGUAGUGGAUAGUGGAAAUUCACGAAUCGUUGUAUUUACAAGAGAUUUAGAGUUUGUAAAACAUCUUAAUAAUGAAGGUUUGGAAGGCCGCAGCUGUACCGGAAUUGCUUGUCACAAUGAAGAUUUAGUUCUAGUGAAUUGGCGUACAAAAAAUAUAACAAUUAUUGAUACUGAAGGGGAAACUAAAUUGAAAUUUACUCAUGAAUCCCUGGCGGAACCGACGUGCCUAGCUGUUGAUCCUCAUUAUGGCCAUAUACUUGUCGCUGAUAAUAGAAAAAAACUAAUAUUUGUGUUUGACGAAGAGGGAAAAUUGUUAUUUGAAGUUGGUACGAAAGAAUCGUUUAAUUUAAUAUCUGCCAUAGCAAUUGGGCCAAAUAGUGAAAUAGUUGUGGCAGAUAGCAAAAUUCUAGUCUUUAGUUCUAAAGGAAAUUUAAUUCGAAAAAUAUGUGCUGAUGAUAAAGCUAAGGGGCAUUAUGGUGGUUUGACUAUUGAUUCAGAAGGCAGAAUUAUUGCCGCUCACACUGAGAAAGGACGAAAUGUUAUUCAGAUUUUUUCAUUACAAGAUGGAACUUUGCUAUCUACAAUUGAUUCGAAUGAGCAUAAACUGAAAAGACCUAGUGGACUAGCUACAACUUGUGAUCAUCACUUAAUUGCGGUUGAUUUAGGUCAUGAUUGCUUGAAGAAGUACAGAUACUGGUAAUUUUGAUAUAAAAAGAUAUUUGCGUAUUGAGAGUUUAAUAUGAGAAAAUGCGUCAAAAAUGAAGAUGUAUAUUUUACAUUACAUUUAAAAAAUCACAACUAAUUUAUUUAGGUAGAUGUAGCCAGGAUUCGAAAAAAGUUGCUAUAUGUAGUUGUUAAACAACUUUAUCAAAUUUGAUUUAACUUUGCAUUAGUUGAAAAGGGUGAAAUUGAACUGAAAUAUAUUUUAGUCAUGAGACCAACAUGAACAAGCGUAAUAUUGAGUACUGUAUAUUGCAUGAAUUAGUGGUAUGUAAAAUACUAUCA